AUGUUAAUUAUUAAACAAAACAGUAAAUUUAUUCAAGUUUUUAUAUUUUUUGUAAUUAUUAAAAUUGUUUAUUGCGGUAAUAGUGGUUUUUGUUGUUCUGUUGAUGUUCUUGGCGAUGGAGAUGAAGAAAAAAACAUUUUAAUUAUUCAAGAUGAAGAAAAUCCAAAUGUUGCGGAAGAAAUUGUUAUUGUUGAAGACGCUGGUGCUCAAUUAAAUGACGUUGUUAAUGGUCAGGGUGAAGAUGCUGAAGAAAAUAACCAUCAGCUUAUGAAUGAAGACGGUAUCGUUGUUAAUGAGGAGGGUGAAGAGGGAGGAGAAAAUAAUUUUCAGUUUAUGGAUGAAGACCAAAUUCAAGCGUUAGCAGACGAACUUAACCCAGAUUUUGAAGUUGACCAAGAGAUUGCAGUUCCAAAUUUUAUACUUCCUGUUCAAAAUGAAGGAGAAGAUUCUUUGGGGACUUCACGUAGCUCUAUAUUUACAAGUACUACUGAUUCUUCUCGAAGAGAUUAA